AUGACUUCUGUAGGGUUGGUCCAAAGUCUGCAUUUUUCAGUUCACUCUGUUGGAUCAAAAUAGCACAAGGGCCAGUCAGAUCUGAACUUUUGGCAAGUGACUAGUGAGUCAUGUGGUAGCAAACACUGAGCAUAGAUAAAAGUGACUGGGAGGCUGAGUGCCUAAGAGAUAAGGAGGGAAAUAGGUGGAAUUGACUUUGUGAUGUGCUCUUACCACAAGCCCACAUUUCAUGGACUCACUCAUUUAAAGAAGAUGAACAACAUUACUGAUUUUGUGCCAAUCAGAUCCUCCACAUAGGCAUUACCCCACAUACAUAGCUGAAUCUGAGAAGUGAAGUGGGAAGGAAACAGCCACAUGAGAGGAAGCUGGGUGAAGAGCAGUCAUCAAGAGAGAGAAGAAACAUAAAGCAGGAUAAGCAGCAUGCACGCACUCGAGAUGGAGCACCAGGGAAUGGUUUCUGCACAGAGCACUGUGUUAUCCAGCCAGCUUCACAUAAUCAAAGAAGCCCCAUAAAAAAGCCUCAUCUGGACAGCAGAUAUUUCAAAAUUUAGGCAAAAUAAAACAACUAUGCAUACUUGGAAAGUGUGGGUGAUCUACAUAGUCUUGGCUGCACACCUCCCUGAAGAACAAGCCCUGGGACAGGCCUGUCUUUCAUGCGAUGCCACUCAGUCUUGCAACUGCUCUUCCAUGGGUUUGGACUUCAUUCCCUCGGGGCUCACGGGCAAAAUCACGGUGUUAAACCUGGCCCACAACAGGAUAAAGCUGAUCCGGGCGCAUGAUCUGCAGCAGGCUGUGAACCUGAGAGCCCUGCUGCUGCAGUCCAACCAAAUCAGCUCCAUAGACGAGGACUCGUUUGCCUCCCAGGGGAAACUGGAGCUCUUGGACUUGUCAAAUAACAGCCUGGCUCACUUGUCCCCGGUGUGGUUUGGGCCCCUUUUCUCGCUCCAGCACCUCCGCAUUCAAGGCAAUUCCUACAGCGACCUGGGAGAAAGUUCCCCCUUUUCCAGCCUGAGAAACUUGAACUCCCUCCACCUGGGCAACCCACACUUCUCCAUCAUCAGGCAAGGAAACUUUGAGGGCAUUCCGUUUCUCAACAUGCUGAAGAUUGACGGUGGCAAUCUCAGUCAGUACGAACCUGGAAGUCUGAAAUCGAUUAGGAAGAUAAAUCACAUGAUCAUAAGCGUACGAAGGAUUGAUGUAUUCUCAGCAGUCAUCAGGGACCUUCUGCACUCUGCCAUUUGGUUAGAUGUAAGAAAACUAGCAUUCAGUGUUCCUGAAAAAAUACAACUUUUGAGAAUUAUGUCUUCCUCUUUCGCAAAGAAAAUAUCUUUAAAACAGUGCUUAUUUACAGAUGCUACUGUACCUGUGAUUGUCAGCAUUUUAGAAGGCAUGCCAAGAUUAAUGGAGGUGGAGAUGAAAGACUGUACACUCUUGGGCACUGGUCAGUGGUAUACACAAAUUCAUGCAAAGCAGUCACAAUCUCUGAGGGUUCUGACAAUAGAAAAUUUAUCUAUAGAAGAAUUCUAUUUGUUUACAGAUCUCCAGUCUGUACUAAAUCUACUAUCUCUUUUUAGGAGAGUCACAGUUGAAAAUACCAAGGUGUUUCUGGUACCAUGCAAACUUUCACAACAACUUCUGUCAUUGGAGUAUCUUGACCUUAGUGCAAAUUUACUUGGCGAUCAGAGUUUGGAGCAUUCGGCCUGUCAGGGCGCAUGGCCUUCAUUACAAACUCUAAAUCUUAGUCAGAAUUCAUUGAGUGACUUAGAAAUGACAGGUAGAAGCUUGUUUCAUCUAAGAAACCUAACUCUCUUAGACAUCAGUGAAAAUAAUUUUGGUGAGAUUCCAGAUGUGUGUAAAUGGCCUGCAAACCUGAAAUACCUGAAUCUCUCCAGCACUCAAAUUCCCAAAUUAACACGUUGCAUUCCCACAACUCUUGAAGUGCUGGACGUUAGUGCUAACAACCUGCAGGAUUUUGGUCUGCAACUGCCAAAUCUGAAGGAGCUGUACCUGACAGAGAACCAUCUGAAGACCUUGCCCGAAGCUGCAGGCAUUCCUAACUUAGUGGCCAUGUCGAUCAGCAGAAACAAGCUCAACAGCUUCUCCAAGGAAGAGUUUGAGUCCUUCAAGCAAAUGGAGCUGCUGGAUGCCAGCGCCAACAACUUCAUUUGCUCGUGCAAAUUCCUCUCCUUCCUUCAGCGUGAGGCAGGGAUAACCCAGGCGCUUGUGGGGUGGCCAGAAAGCUACAUCUGCGACUCUCCGCUGGCGGUGCGAGGGGCACAGGUUGGGAGCGUGCGGCUGUCGCUGAUGGAGUGCCACCGGUCCUUCCUGGUGUCUUUGAUCUGCAUUCUGACGUUCCUGUUCAUCCUGAUCCUGGUGGUCAUCGGGUACAAGUACCAUGCGGUCUGGUACAUGAGAAUGACCUGGGCAUGGCUCCAAGCCAAGCGGAAGCCCAAGCGAGCCCCCGCGAAAGACGUCUGCUACGACGCCUUUGUCUCCUACAGUGAGAACGACUCCAACUGGGUGGAAAACAUCAUGGUGCAGCAGCUGGAGCAGGCGUGUCCACCCUUUAGGCUGUGCCUCCAUAAGCGGGACUUUGUGCCCGGGAAGUGGAUUGUGGACAACAUCAUCGACUCCAUCGAGAAGAGCCACAAGACGCUCUUUGUGCUGUCGGAGCACUUUGUGCAGAGCGAGUGGUGCAAGUACGAGCUGGAUUUCUCGCACUUUCGCCUCUUUGACGAGAACAACGACGCGGCGAUCCUCCUCCUGCUGGAGCCCAUCCAGAGCCAGGCGAUCCCCAAGAGGUUCUGCAAGCUGCGCAAGAUAAUGAACACCAAGACCUACCUGGAGUGGCCUCCUGAUGAAGAGCAACAGCCGAUGUUUUGGGAGAACUUGAAAGCAGCUCUCAAAGCCUAGAUAGGAUCAUUAAAAACUGAGUCCCUACCCAUCCUCUUCUGGAUUUAUUUCCAUUGCCUUUUUGUGCCUUUAUCUAGCUGUAUCUAACAGAGGUCUGAGCUACUGUAAUUGCUGUUACUUGCUUUGAAAUUGUACUCUUCUUGUCUCUGUGAUCAUGACUUUUCUAAGCAUUUUAAUCAGCUGUCUUACCUAAAGCAGUUCUGUUUAAAGGUGUUCCUCACCUCUUUUUCUCUGCAACUUAGUUCCACAAAGCCAGAGCAGCUGAAGACUUUCCCACCUCAAACACUGUUGGAUGGGCUCAUGUUAUCUUAGGAAGAUGGCUGGGACAAGGAUUGUAACUGCUGAAGAAGUGGAGUAAACAGAGACACCACCACCAAGCUCUUCCUUCAGAUGUCAUCCGAAAAUGAAGGGGAGUCUCAGGUGGCACCUGUCCUGCAGGUGCAGAGAGUUUCAGCCAAACCUUAACAGCUUCAAUCUGGUCAGCCUAAUAACUAACUGUCUGCUUGAUCAGGUCAGUGUUUAGGCAUAAUGUUCUUGGGACUGACAUUGGCAGGUAUGCACAGAAGCAAAUCUUGAAAGGCUUCCCAUGGAAACGUUUACAGUACUUAUUACUUUAUCUGGGGUUAGAUGAUAGAAUCAUGAACAGCUUGAGUUGGAAGGGAGCUUAAGGACCACUUAGUUCCAAAGCUCAGCCAUAGUCAGGAAUACCUUCCAGUAGGAAAGGCUGCUCACAGUCCUAUCCAACCUGGCAUCCACAGCUUCUCUGGGCAGCCUGUGCCAAUGCCUUGCUGUUCUCUGAGUAAAGAAUUCCUUCCCAACACUUAAUCUAAUUAUACUGUAUUUUAGUUUAAAUAAGGAGGAAAUCACUUUGGAUGCUACAAGAAGUUCAGAAAUAGAGCAGGCAAAAUGAUUUGUCCUUAAAGUCAGUGAAUAUCACAUGUUCUAAUUCUGAACAUGCACUUAUUAAAAAAAGGGAAGGGGCUCAAUUAUUAGAAGUUAAGGCAGCCCAUAACUAACUGAACAUCAAAACAAGUGUAUGUGUAAAGGCCAAAAGAGAAAAGUCUUCUGCAUUCUCCACUGCCUUCACAGUACAAGCAGUUAGACCAGCAUUUCCUCUACCAACAGACACCUACCUCCAGCUACCUCUGCAACAGGAAAUAUUUGCCAAAAUUUCAGGUAGCUUUUCCUCCACAGAGAGUUCUAUGUGACUAUCAAGCAUAUAAUGACCAUUACUGUGAUUAGGUCUUUCUACAAGUGGACAUUGGGAUAUGCAGGAAUUACAGCACAGCAGCUCUUGUAAGAGGCAAGGGGAAAAAAAAGAAAAAAAUCUAAAAGUAAUCUUACAUUACCUUACAUUAAUAAGAUGAUGAAACUAUUUGGGUGCUAUGUUUCAGACUUUGAUGUAUACAAAGCCAUUAUCUAACUUAAAAUUCUUCUUAUCUGCUACACAACUUCCUGCUGUAAAAAUUUUAGCUAGAAGUCACUAGCAAGGUAUUUAACAAUGAAACAAACUUUAAAUAUUGGCACUUCCUUUUUUUUUUUUUUUUUUAAUGGGUAUAAUAAGAAAAUAAGUACUUUUUUUCUAGCACAAUCUUCUCAUUAAACGCAGCAAUUUCUUUAAAAAAUGCCUUCCUAAUAUGCUGUAAAGUCCUUCUGUAAUGUGGAAAGAGACCCGAUCUUGCAAAAGGGUACAUAGCACAGCAGAAUUGUACCAACCAGCUAUACCAAAAGCUACUUUAUCUGGUCUUUUACAAUUAAGCAUGAAAUAUGCAUAGGGCAGUGCUCAGGAAAAUAUCCAAUUCUGCAUUCUCACUAAUUUCUGACUUCUGUUCCAGAUAUAGGAAGUAAUUAAUGUAUAGGACUAUGCUUACAACUGGUUACAGAGUCAGCCCAUGUAAUACAUGUUCCCACCUAAUCUGUUGUUAAGGAAAUUGGAGAUAAAAAUUACCAGUAGGUAAGUCUUGAUGUCUUCCUUAGCUGAAGUCAAAGAGAAAGUAUUGGGUUAAUGUUUUGAAUUGUCUUCACUACUUUUUUUUUGGAGGAGUAAGAUUAAAUUUAAAUAUCCUCCUCACAUACUGUGAAGUCACAAAAAUGGACUUAAAAAAAAUUUAUUUUAACUCGAGCAGUUUUCUACAGAUACAGCAGCAAAUCUUCAACAGAUAUUUCUUAUGCUGGAGAAAAAAUGUAGUUUACUAAGAGGAGGGGAAAAAUAGCACUUGUUCUGAAAGUGGGUUAUACCAAUCUCAUUAUUUAAAGAACAAAAGCCACUGCAUAGUCCUAAAUCUUUACAUACUUUACAUACUUUAAAACACUCCUCUCAUUAUAUAAAUUAUUUAAGAACGUCUUAAAAUCAAGGAGGAAGAUAUAAACAUACUUUUUUUUUUUAGCUUGCUUGGAUUUUACAUAGGAUAAAGCCAAACAAACUAUCAUCUUCCCUAAAUAUAAUUGCUCUUUAAUAAUAGUUGUUUUUCCAUUCAUUUGAUGUGGCCAUCUCAUCCCUCCACUGCAGAUCAAAACAAGAAUUAGCAAGUAAUCAGGCCACAGUUUAGAAAAUUCAAAUCGAAAGCACACUUGUUAGGGAAAGGAUAUGAGUAACUCAACGCCAUCUUCAAAUCAAGCCUUUUGGCACAGCAUGGGCAAGUCUGUUUCUUGCCAACUCUGAACCAACCACAGAUGCAUAAUCCAUGAAACCUGGUAUCAGGUGUAUUUUCAGUAAAUCCUUCAAAUGUAAACAAGGCUUAGAACAUCAAUCUGAAAAUGUAUUGAAACCAUCCACAGAAAGUUUUUAUGGCUGAUUAUGGGUACUGCCUUGUUUGAAAACCCAGUAGUUUCAAAUGGCUUAAAACAUUUAGAAUAGUUAGAAAAAGCAAAGUUCUGAACACCCAGACCAGUGGUCAUUUUCCAGCACACAGGAAACCAGAAGACUUAUGCUCUGCAGGAGGAAGUGAUUAGUGACAGUGUUCCAGCACAAAUGCUGUGCCUUUCUUGUUUUCCGGAGUGCACAGUGAUGGGCUGUUUGGACCCCUGAGAAUCAGCCACUGCGUAUUCUGCUAGGCUAUAGGCUACAACUGUGCCAUCCUCUGGGGAAGCUUCCACACCUGCCUUAAAACUACUUGUCACACACAGACCCAGGCAUAGAUGGGAAGUCCUUUGCAGUGCGUAGGAUCCUGAGCUAGAAGACCUGGCUAAGGGGUCAGUGUGCCUGGUUUGCUGGGGCUGCCCCAGAAUAUAGACAGGCAUGAAGUAUCUGAAAGGUAGAUCUGAGUAUGCAACUCCAGGGUUAUUGCCAUUCUUGCUUCAGUUUAUCUGUCAAAGAGCGGCAUGGACUCAAUUUGUCACAGAACUGAAAUAUAUCUCAUAGUCUGAUUUUUA